AUGAUUUCUGCAUUUGGUGAUGAAGCCCCAUCCAAAACCACAAUUUAUCGCUGGUUUGCUGAAUUUCAACGUGGACGCGUUAAGCUCAGUGAUGAUCCCCGUCAAGGUCAUCCAAAAACUGCAGUCAUCCAAGAAAACGUUGAUGCUGCGCGUAAGCUGAUUGAGGAAGAUCAACAUGUGACAUACCGCGAAAUUCAGGCAACUUCAGACAUUGGCAUGAGUCAAAUACAAUUAAUCUUGCAUGAACAAUUAGACCAAAUUCACACUGAGCGGCAAAUAAUACAGAAGAGGGCAGAGAAUAAUCAGCCCCUGUGCCUUGCAAUUGUGGACUAUGAAAAAGCCUUUGACAUUUGGAUUCUUUGCAGCAAAAUUGACUAA